AUGGUCCUUAUCGUCCUCACUCUCCUCGCCGGCAAAGCCUUGUACGACGACCACAAGGAACGCAAAAUGCGCAAGGCCGAAAUGGCAGGAGCCACGUCUAAAGCACUUCGGUCGAAACAACAAGUCAACCCACUUCCAAGCAUCACCAUCACUCCGGAUGCAAGCCCUGUUUACAUUGCCAAUGAGCAAGGUUUCGGGCCUCCCGCGUACCAGAAGGAUGCUUCAUCGGCAUCGUCUCUCACCUCCGAGUCUCUUGUCUCGUUAGAGACCGUCGAUACUCUUCCCAUACCCGAGAAGAAUCCUGCACGAUUCGCGCUGGACUAA